GCUGCCGCGUGUUUCGCUCUGCUGUGUGGUGCGUACUGAGUUCCGGCCGCGCGCCGCACUGUAGCGCGCCGACGGCUGCCAUGCCCACGCCGACACUGGACUGCUGCCACACCGUUUGCAGACAUGGGCCGGCGUGACAUGCGGAACCCUUGAUCGCCCUUGUGAGGGAGGGCUGCCGCAUGUCGCGGCAGCGGCUGCUGUGGCGUCUGCUGGGCGCCGCGCUGGCGCUCACGGUCGCCGGGCUCGCCGCGCCGCCGCUCUUCCGGCUGCUCGUCUCGCCGCACACCACCGCCAACUCCGUCGCCGGCCGCCGCGUGUACAGCAGUGACCCGGGCCCGUGGACGUGGCGCUGCGAGUCCGGGCGGUGCGUGCGCGCGCUGUGGCAGGGCGGCGCGCAGGUGUCCCUGGACACGUGCCAGUGGACGUGCGCCGCCUGGGAGGCGCCGCUGUGGCCGCGGCCCACAGGCGCGAUGCGGCUCGCAAACUCGAGCGCCGCGCUGGCCGCCGACCUGGACGUGCGCCUGCGGCUGUCCAGCCCGCAGCACGAAGACACGCGGGGCCUGCUGGCGGCCGCCACCGAGCGCCUGGCGCGUCACCUGCAGCUGGUCAGGCCCGCCUGGGCCGACAGAGUCGCGUGCGGCGCCACCCGCGGCGCCACCGUCGCCCGGCUCACCGUCCUCGUCAGGCUGGACGCGGACGGCAGCCGCCCCACGGGCCACCUCACGCUCGACACCGACGAGGGCUACCGCCUCCAGGUGCGCCGUGAGUCUCAAGAUCUACAAGCGGAGAUUGAUGCGCGCAGCUUCUUCGGCGCCCGUCACGCGCUGGAGACGUUGUCGCAGCUCGCCUGGUGGGAUCCCGUCAGCGGAUGCGUGCGCAUGCUGGACUCUGCCAUCGUCAAGGACGCGCCCAAGUUCCGGCACCGGGGCGUGAUGGUGGACACGGCGCGCAACUUCAUCCCGCUGGAGGCGCUGCAGCGCACGGUGGACGCGAUGGCCUCCAACAAGCUCAACACGCUGCACUGGCACCUCACGGACUCCACCAGCUUCCCCUACCUCAGCCGCGCGCUGCCCACCAUGGCGCGCUACGGAGCCUACUCUCCAGAACAGGUGUACAGUAUGGAGGACGUGUCGCGGCUGGCGGAGUUUGCGAGAGAGCGCGGGGUGCGUCUGGUGGUGGAGCUGGACGUGCCCGCCCACGCCGCUGCCGGCUGGCCUACCGAGCAAGUCUCCUGUUCGGAGCAGAGGGGAUCUGCCGCGAAUGCUCCCCUGGUGCAGCAGCAUCGCCAGAAUGAGGAGUACGGGCUGCAGUACCGCCUGGAGGAUCGGCGGGAGAGGCGAGGGCCGCACGGCGGGGAGGAGCCGCCUCCCUGGUGGCAGCUGUGCGGCCAGCCUCCCUGCGGCCAGCUGCCGCCGGCCGACGAGGCGGCGUUCGGCACGCUGCGGACGCUCUACCAGGAGCUGCGGCACGCCUCCGGCGCCUCCGACGUGGCGCACCUGGGCGGCGACGAGGUGAGCGCAGAGUGCUGGGGCGGCGUGCGCGGCGAGCGGCUGUGGUCUCUGUGGGGCGGCUUCAUGCGGCGCGCGCACCGCGAGCUGGUGGCCGCCUCGCAGGGGAACCCACCCACCGCAGUCCUCGUGUGGAGCAGCGAGCUCACCGCGCCGCACAACCUGCGCCGCUACUUCGACCCCAGCACGCACGUCGUACAGGUGUGGGGCGGCAGCAAGUGGAACGAGACGCUACCCGUGCUGCUGGCGGGCUUCCGCGCCGUGGUGUCGCACGUGGACGCGUGGUACCUGGACUGCGGCUGGGGCGACUUCCGCAGCGGGGGCCCCGGACCCUGCGGGCCCGUCUCCACGUGGCAGACAGUCUACUCACACCGGCCGUGGGCCGCCUUCCCGUCGGGCGCGCGCUUCAGGCUGCUGGGCGGAGAGGCCUGCCUUUGGUCCGAAAAGGUGGACGACCAGACGCUGGACGUCCGGCUGUGGCCGCGCGCGGCGGCGCUGGCAGAGCGGCUGUGGAGCGACCCUCCGGCGGGCGUGCACCCCGACCUGCCCCCGCCGGGCAGCCCGCGGCGGGACGAGCCGACGCUGCGGCGCGCCUACCAGCGGCUGUCGCACCACAGGGAGCGGCUGGUGGCGCGCGGCGUGCGCGCAGAGGCCAUGUGGCCGCGCUACUGCCACCUCAACCCCGGCGCCUGCUUCUAGCGACAACGGAACUGUCGUGUGCUCGGUGGUUACUAAAGGUGCAGGAACGAAACACUGCCACCUUCAUUUCAGUGUGCAGCUCAGUGAAACUUGCGCAUGUUUUUUUUCUCCUUAAUUCCGUGCUCCGAUCUGCGAGUUAUAUGUAGCAUGUUAACUAGUGGUGGGAUGAAAGUGUAAUGCACGUUACACGGACACGAUUGUUAGACUGCUUCCGAUUUCAUUAAGUGGGACCAACAACGAAAUAAAGGAAAAUCUUUGUGAUAUGUGGCAAACAUUCUGUGAUGUGGUUUUUAAUGUCGAUAAUGUGAAGAAAGGUGCAUCUUAACUCGUCACUGUUGUUGUGCAGGGUGAACCCGAAGUCUAACAAUUUUUUAUGUUGUUUAGGGGUACUUUGAGUAUUUCGGUGUAAGGGACCCACUGUAUCUGGUGGCCCUUUACUGAAUGACGUUGAGGUAAUGAUUAUUCGGCUUAUUACCCCUUCCCCGCAAUUACCUUUGCUUCAGUGUAAGUAGCUCCAAAACUGUGGAAGUGUGUAACAUGUAAUCACUAAAACGGGCAAAAGAAAAAGAAUUCAACGACGUUCAGAAGGAACAGGACUGAAAUACUGCAAUGUGAGUGCCGCCGCUGCGGGAAGAGCUCAGCAAAGCAUCGUGCUGCCACUCUUCCAUUGCAUUCAGUGACUCAUACAUCAGCUGCAUAUUGGCCACCUCUUCAUCAGUAAAACUAUCAGUUUGGCUGUGUAUCACUUCUGACGUGCAGCCAUCACUGCAGGGGAAAACAACAAACUAUCAGUGCCCUAAAAAAGCUUAAGAAGGAAGAGUAUAGUGGACAUUACUAUUAUCGACAGUAGGUACCAUGAGAGAGGGAACAAGUAUGUUUUAAAAAAAAUACCGUCGAUAUUUACAACAUUUGCACUAUUGUGCAGAUUUUUCAGUACAAAUGUCUGGGAUUUACCAUGGGGUGGGUCCAACUGCCUAUUAGUAUCGAUUUUCAUCUGCAAAAUUGCCCUCCCCCUCCCCCUUCCCCAUUUCCUCUUGGAUAUGUGAGAGUUGUGUAGUAUUUGUAUUUCUAGAGUUUAGGUGAGUGUAAUGGAUGUGUGUACAGGAUAGUUUUAUGUUUUGUGUUGGGGGGGAUUGAUUGCGGGGAGGGGGGAGCUGCUGACACAUAGCCAACCCUUCAACACAAAAAGUGCAUCUAACUUCCCAACAGUGUCACAUGCACUCAUAUCAUGAGACUGUGGAGAUGUACGUAUGGAAUUUAAUCCAGAACAAUGGCGCAAAGCUUACUGAUAAACAUCUGUUACGCCACAAUCUCUCCCCCUUACUGGCCUAAUACUGACAGUGAAGAUUUUUAUCCUCCACGGACAUUCAGACAGACUUAACAAUGUCUAGCGCCACAGAACAGCGACAGAGGUUGGUCAUAUUUUCAGUGCCAUACAGAAACAAGAUAAAUGUGGGUAAGCAAUCGAAAUGCAAAUGUUAUACAUUGAUCCACCAGAGCAGACAGAUUCCUCAAACCAAAAUAAUACUACAAAAUUUCGUAAGUUGUUAGAAGACAUUCACCGAGUUCGUGUUCACUCUGAGAAAGGUGUUAACUUGCCUUCCUAUUUACACUGAUGUGUAUUGCAAAGCAAAUAGCUGAGUGUAAAAACGCGUGGAUCCAGUACCAGAUGAUGUCUUCAUAACCCUAGAUUUCAUGGCAAUGGCAGCAGUCAUGGGCAGACAUAUGGACAGAGUGGGCUCUAAUGCAGCUAGGGGCUAAGUAACAUAAAGACCCUCUAUAUCGGUAUCAGAGCACGAAAAUGGUAGACAUCUAAUUGUUUACAGAAUAGCUACCAUCACAAUUGGAUAAUAAGCUUUAUAGCAUCUCUGGUGUUUUUGCUUUUACCGUUGCCAUAUCACUCCGCUACUGCAGGUGCUGUUUACCACAGCUGCAGCUAGUAACUUUCAUUUUGAUUUAUUAUAAUCGUUCCUGCAUGUGGCGUAUUUAACUUGAGCAACAGAAUGUAAAGCUAGCAUCGAAAAUGUACAGAAACGUGAUAGGGCUAUUAUGACCUAACAAAGGGACCAUCAUUAUGAAUAUUGAGGUGGUCAGAUGAGUGUAGUCAGUAUGGAAAAGACCAACUGUAGCUGCCACAGGUUUAUUGAUCAUGCAGAUAAACAAAGUGCCUAACGUUUACCAAAAGAUGCACAGCCGAGGCGAUAUGCAUACAAUUGCCCAUGUGAAUCCUGACCUGCCCUGCCCUGUUCUCGUUGUCACCCACUGUGGCCAGAAAAAAUGCAGCGCCAAGAAUCGCUUCAUUAGUUCAUUUCGGAGCCUACACACAGCACAGCACAACACGAUUUAGUAAUAGCAAGUACAGUGCUCAAUACAGUAUUGUUAGAUUGGCAAUGAUCCGAUAGAAAAUACUGGCCAUCCAAAGUAUUAAAAAUUCUCUCUGAUUAGAGUUAUGGACCCAGCGGUCAGGAACAGUUACACAUACAGUAUUUCUCUAGGAAUUCGUCAGUAAAUUAUUCUAUACCUAGAAUGUCGUCUUUGACACUGCAUUUGUAUACAUUUUGUUCAAAGAGAAAUACUACCAAGGUACUGUUUGUCUAAAUUCCCAUUUUCUGGAUAAAAAGUGACGUGAAAGUUUUUAACUUAUGCUAUAAGCAGACAGGCAAUGGGAGUCUCACAAGACACUUAACUGCAUAGCAAGCGGUGAGCUGGGAUAUUUCCCAUAUGUGCGGCAUUUCGUCCAGUUUAUGCACUUAGUCAUGAAAAGAACAAGUAACGUGAAUUUGUACUUAACGACGCCUUUAGUCACUUCACAGAAUGUUAGUUUUAUUGUGGUGGUACUGUUACCAAAGAAACGAUUGGGCGUCGUUGUCAUAAACUUCCUCUGUUGCAUGCCCUUAUUUGAACACUGUGGUAGGUGCACUACAACCAGGAAUUUCAGUGCAAUUAAAUGUAUUUUUGUACAUACAUUUUUGUAAAUAAUUUUAUAAAUUUAUCUAUUAAAUACUCUAUUUUUCAUACAAAA